CCUUUCUUGUAUUACAUGUUGUGUUUUUUUUUAGAAAAGGAGGAUCACCCCCGGCCUCUUGUAUUACAUGUUGUGUAACCUUCAUUGAUAUAAAGGUGAUCACUGCAAUAAUUUAUGUUCAACAAUCCAGUUUGUUACUUGUGUAUCUUGUGAUGUGUUAACUAUCUGGGUUUAUGAAAAUUAAAUUCUCUAUGUUUUACCAGUUUAAUAGGUAAUGCUACAUGUUUUACUUAGACAACUGAGAACAUUAAGUAGAUGACUUGAAAGAUGAAACAUCAUGCUCUAUUAGAGUUGUUGUCUGCUACAUUUACCCACUUUUAGGUAUUUGUUUCUAUCUUCAGAGUGAAAAAGUAAUGCAUAGUCAACUUCAAUUUGCUAAAGAAAAUUAUCUAACUAACCUUGUGCGAAAUCAACCCUGAAAGAUCAGUAAAUUUACCAGCUUAGUAUUUUCUCCAGGUUGGAAAAUUACAGGCAAAGGGCUCAGCAUUGGUGUGGUCUCUCCAUAUAGUUCUCAAGUUGAUGCAAUUAAAGGCAGACUUGGCAAAAAAUACGACACAUGUGAUGGCUUUCAUGUGCGGGUCAAGUCCAUUGAUGGUUUCCAAGGAGAAGAGGAUGAUAUUAUAAUACUAUCAACGGUUAGAUCCAACGGGAACGGAGUUGUUGGAUUUCUUGCUGAUAACGGAAGAACAAACGUUGCUCUUACCAGAGCAAAGUGUGCAUUUUUUCGGGCCUUUGUUUUGUUACUGUUUAAAGUAUGUCAUGUUGAUAAUAUAAUUCAUCCAAUGAUGCUUUAUUUGAUGCAGGCACUGUCUUUGGAUUGUUGGGAAUGCUCAUACACUGUAUAAAAGUGGAACUGUCUGGACAGACCUUGUUGCUGAUGCUCAAAGACGUAAAUGUGUUUUCAAUGCCACUAAUGAUGCGGCCAUAUGUAAGUUGGUUUUGCAAGUAAAGCAAGAGCUUGAUGAACUUGAUGAUCUUCUUAAUGCUGAUUCGGCGGUUUUCAACAAUGCCAAAUGGAAGGUCAUUAUUAGCGACGAGUUUAGAAAGUCUUUCACCAAAAUGAAGUUGUCACAGCUCAGGAGGGAAGUACUCCAAAAGCUUAUCAAACUUGGCAGUGGUUGGAGGACAACAGUUAGAAACUUAGAUAUACCUGGUGUUUCCAAUCAUGCAAAAGUAUACAAGAUCAGGGACCUUUAUCUUAUUUGGAACAUUGACAUGGAGAAAAGGGAAAGAAAGUAUAUCCAGAUAAUAAAAAUUUGGGACCUACUCUCACAACAACAUGUUGCAAGAACAGUUCAACGUCUCGAGGUUGUUUUUUCCAUGUACACAGAUGAUUACCUGGAUCAUUGCAGAAGAGUGCAGACACUUGGGAAACUGGAGGUUCCUAUGGUUUGGAAUGUUGAGCAUGAUAUUAUUCGCUUUAAGAAGGAUUGCAGAACUGAUGCUCAGGAAGAGCGUGAUGUCGUGGAUGCAUCACAUGCCAUGGAAAAUUCAAAAGUUAGCGAAAGCUUCUUGCUUAUGAAAUUCUACUCGUUAUCCACUGGAGUGGCAAAACAUUUGCUGACAGCUUCUGAUGGUUCGGAAAUCGAUAUCCCCUUUGAACUGACUGAUGAAGAAAAGAUUAUAAUCCAAUUCCCGCUCACUAGUUUUAUACUUGGGAGGUCAGGCACUGGAAAAACCAUUGUAUUGACAAUGAAACUGUAUCGAAGAGAGCAACAGUCAUUGAUUGCCUCCCAGGGUCUAAAUUUGGAUGGUGAUGAUUUAUAUGGGAUGGAUGACAAAAAUAUUAUGGCACUGAACGACAUAGGAGAAAGUUUUGUGAAACAAGUGUUUAUAACUGUAAGCCCAAAGCUGUGUUCAGCCAUAAAUAAUCACAUUUCUGGACUUAAAAGGUUUGUUUGUGGUGAUGUCUCUAAUCAGACUAGCAUUCUUCAUAUGCACGACAUCUUUGAUGACCAGGAAGAGUUCACAGAAAUACCUGAGAGUUUUAGCAAUCUACCUCAUGAGCACUAUCCUCUUAUUAUAACAUAUCGAAAGUUCUUGAUGAUGCUUGAUGGAACAUGCCAGACGUCAUUUUUUGAUGUGUUCUAUGGCGAACUGAAGUCUAGUGUUGAUAGAGGGCAUUCAAAAUCUCAUGCGCUGGAAACGUCUAUUGAAUUGAAGGAAGUUACCUAUGAGAAAUUUGCUGCUUCGUAUUGGCCUCGUUUUAAUGCAGACCUGACCAAGAACCUUGAUGCAUCCACUGUCUUCACUGAAAUAAUUUCUCAUAUAAAGGGUAGAUAUCAAGCAAGCAUGCCUUACACCGGCAAUCUUGGAAGACAAGAUUAUGUGAUGCUCUCAGAUAAAAGAUUUUCAUCUCUGAACAGCGAGAAGAGAGAUAGGAUUUACAAUAUUUAUGUUGAUUAUGAGAGUAUGAAAUCCACUGACAGAGAGUUUGAUUUGUCAGAUUUCGUCAAUCGUCUUCACAUCAAUCUUGUAUCCGAGGGCUACAAAGGAGAUCUGGUGGAUUUUGUUUACAUAGAUGAGGUGCAGGAUCUAACCAUGACACAGAUAGCACUUCUUAAGUAUGUCUGCUGGAACUUCAAGGAAGGCUUUCUUUUUGCUGGUGACACGGCCCAGACUAUAGCAAGGGGUAUCGAUUUCAGGUUUGAAGAUAUCCGUUCACUUUUUUAUACUGCAUUUCUCUCAGAAACUGAAACGUUUAAUCAAGGACUUCGACAUGGAAAACAAGUCCAACUCUCUGACAUGUUCCAACUGUCUCAGAAUUUCCGCACGCAUUGUGGCAUCCUUCACAUGGCACAAAGUAUCAUGAGCCUUCUGUACUUCUUUUUCCCGUCAAGUGUUGACAAGCUUAAUCCAGAGACUGGACUUGUAUAUGGAGAAGCUCCCGUGCUGCUGGAAUCUGGUAAUGAUGAAAAUGCAAUUAUGACUAUAUUUGGAGAAACCAAAAGUAAGCAUGGUAACAUGCAUGGGUUUGGUGCUGAGCAAGUCAUAUUAGUUCGUGAUGAUGCUACCAAAAAACAAAUUGUUGAUCUUGUUGGUAAACAGGCUCUUGUUUUGACUAUUGUUGAAUGUAAGGGCCUUGAGUUCCAGGAUGUGCUGUUGUACAACUUUUUUGGCUCGUCGCCCUUAAGAAACAAAUGGAGAGUUCUGUACGGCUACAUGAAAGAUAAAGAUAUUAUAGCACAAUCUGAGGAGAUCUCUCAUCCGGGUUUCGACAGAAGCAAGCAUCAUCUUCUAUGCUCAGAGCUGAAGCAACUCUAUGUUGCAAUCACACGCACGAGGCAAAGACUCUGGAUAUGUGAGAAUACAGAUGAUUACUGUCGACCGAUGUUUGACUAUUGGAAGAAGUUGUGUCUUGUAGAGGCUAGAUUACUUGAUCCUUCCCUCAUUCAAGCAAUGCAGACAGGAAGCAGUACGGAUGAUUGGAGGCUACGGGGAAUCAAGUUAUUCAACGAGAGGCAAUUUGAAAUGGCUACAAUGUGUUUUGAAAAAGCUGGUGAUGCAUACAAAGAGAAGUGGGCAAGAGCUGCCAGACUUGUAGCAAUUGCUGAAUGUGCCACAUCCUCAAAAUUGGAGAAUGGCAAGGCUCCAAUGCUAACAGCAUCAGAGAUUUAUGAGUCCAUAGGCAUGCAUGAGAAAGCUGCUAUGUGCUAUAUGAAAUUAGGUGGCCACAAAAGAGCAUCAGAGAUUUAUGAGUCCAUAGGCAUGCAUGAGAAAGCUGCUACGUGCUAUAUCAAAUUAGGUGACUACAAGAAAGCAGGUAUGGUCUACAUGCAAAAAUGUGGUGCUUCCUGGCUUGAGGAUGCUGGUAUCUGUUUUGCUAGGGCUGAAUGCUGGUCGGAGGCAGCUGAAGUGUUCUUCAAAGCUAAAUGUUACCCUGAGUGUUUCUCAAUGUGCUCGAAAGGAAAACUAUUCAAUCUUGGCUUGCAGUUCCUGCAACAGUUGGAGGAGGAACAUUUGCUUCAGAAUUCAAAAUCCUUAGAGGUUUCUGCUAUUAGAAAGACGUAUCUUGAAAAUUGUGCUCAGCAUUAUUCUGAGUGUGGUGACAAAAGCGUAUGAUGCCUUUUGUUAAGGCUUUCAGUUCUAUGGAUCAUGUACGGGCAUUCUUGAAGUCUAAGAAUCUUCUUGAAGAACUGUUUAGCCUAGAGGUGGAUAUGGGUAAUUUCCUUGAAGCUUCA